CCUCUGUGCGCUUUUCUGUUUGUCUCGCGUCGCUGCAGACGCAUUCGUCUCCUCCUCACCCUCCUCUUCCUCCGCGUAAUGAAGCCUCAGAUCAGCCACACGACCGCAGAGCUCCUUCAUCCCUCCGCUGCGUCUCAGGUUCAAUGUGUGUGUGUGUGUUCGGGUGUUUUCGGGCCUAAACCGGCUCUGCUCCUCUUAGAGGAGGAAGGAGAUCUGUCGGUAUGAUGUUCUGAUGGAGGGGGGGGUCGGGUUUCUGUGAGCUGUAGAAAAUAAAGAGAAAUGAUUAUGAUGAGGAGGAGGAGGUUUAAAGCCUCCUCCAGGAGGGGAGCAGCAGUUGAUUCAUUCUCUAAAACAUGAGGGAAUGAUGAAAAUGCUACUGCUGCUCCUGGAGGAGGCAGGAGGAGCUCAGUGUUUACCUCCAAACAGAUUAAGAGGAGCUGCAGGUGUGUUUGGUAUUUAUGGCUCAGCUGUUGGUCAGAAAGUUACACCUGGCCCAUUAGAGGCAGAGCUGAGUCAGUCAGGGAUCCAUGAGGCUGCCUGAAGAGAUAGUAGAUCAGCUGCUCUUUGGGCCAGACGUGGUGAUGAUGUCAAAGCAGAGCUAACAUCUGGGACAUUAAGGCUGCGCUGAAGUAGCCAGAACACCCUCGGCCAAUCGUAGCCCAAACACCUGCAGCUGAGGACCAAUCGUCAUCAUCGCUAACAUUCCUCAUGCUCUCAGAGAUCCUGGACACCGAGGUCUCUCUGAGAGCAGCUGCGACGCUAUGGCACUGAUCAGUUCUAUUAUCGUUGAUUAAUCAGAGAAACUCGAUCAGUUCAAUCCACAAAACGUCAGAAUCAGUGAAAUGCUCUCUAACAGGAAGCUGGAUCAGUCUCUGGAAGUCAUUUACUGAUCAUCACUGAACUGUUGGAGUGAAGAGGCUUCUGGGAUGGGAGCUGAAACAUUUUCAGGAAACUUACAGAAGUCCAGUCGAUUUCUCCUUAGCUCCUUAGAUUUGAGCUGUUGAUUCAUCAGCUGAUUGGUUUAUUGGUUCUGGUUGUUUACAAUCAUGAGUCCAAGAGCUCCCAAUAAAAUCUGAUAUCAGAUUUUAGAUGGAGAAGUUUUCAGUCAGUGCCUGGAAUCUGCCGAUCAGGUUGGAGUUCAGGUUCAGACCUGAUGUUCGGACCUGAGUGGUGAUGACUCCUCUGACAGAGUCACCGUGGUGGAUCCUUCUGAGUGUUUCUGUAGCUUCACAGUUAGAAACCUUCCAGUGUUUCUCGUUUGACUUGUAUUUGGUCUGCAGCUGUUUUCAUGAUCUGAUUCAUUAUGUGAGUCAUUUUUCUGUUUGUUUUCUGUUCAGAUGACACAUUUGGACUUUUUUAACAGAAAACAAACAGAAAACCAGUGAAAGCAUGGCUGACAUGCUGCAGACCGUCUAUGAGUUUCUGGCCUGUGUGCUGCUGGGAUGUGAAUGUGAAGCAGGCCGCUGCCUGGAUCCACCCAGCGCCUGUAAAGUGUGUUUAAGUGUGUGUGUGCUUGGGCUAAUGGCAGAUAAAAGCUCUUAGUGAUAAGACUAUCAGCCACACAGAGCACUCGGCCUGCUGUCAGUCCUCAGAGACACUCAGCACAGUCAAGUAACCGAGUACUUUUACUCAGCAAGCCGCUGUAACUGCAGCCUCAGCUUCCUGCAGAGAAAAGCAGUGAAGAGUGAUUUAAACCACGAGCUACAGAAAUAAAACAAUAAAAUGUCCAAAAAUUAUCCCUGUUAUUGAAAAAUAAAAAAGAGCGCUCCAGAGGGCGUCCCUCCUGGAGCCUGAUCGGGUCUGCAUCAGUGUGUGGUAUCUCCUAAUUGUCCUUAUUUCAUUUGUAUUUGUGAAUGAUUGUUUUUGUUGGAUUUCACAGUGGUGAAAAAUCCUCCCAACAGUUCCUCAUUACCAAACUGAGUGAUUUCUAUCCAAGUCCUGCUGGAAAAACCGACCUAAUCCCCGAACCUGCUCGGUGCAAGAAUAAAAUGUCAUAAAACAUAAUGAAGUGAAACUAAAGCAGGAAACAUUAAUAAAGAAUAAUUCAUCGAAGUCAGCCUGCUUUUAGAUCAUUUAUGUUUCAUGUUUAAACAUUUCACUUCCAGCUGCCUCACUGUCCUCCAUCCUUCAGACACGGCCUUCAUCAUUAUUGUGCAAACACACGCAAGAUACAGUCAAGGCAGCCUCACGUGGUUAUUAGAGCAAAUGUUGUAAAAUUACAAUAAAACAACUAAAAAUGUAUGUGAUAACAGGAAACUGAGUCCACCUUAAAAGUUUAGGAUAAAUCAUUCUUCAUGUUAUUAAUGCUGUGUUAUCCGGGGCCGGGUGGCUGAGGCAGCAGCCUAAGCAGAGAAGCCCAGACCAUCCCUCUCUCCGGCCACCUCCUCCAGCUUAUCUGGAGACACAAUCUCUCCAGCAUGUCCUGGGUACAGAGGAGGCCCCAGGAGAUCUUACGUGCAUUGUUCAAAGAAAACAGUGAUGAAGAAACUGAAGCUGAAAUCAGACGUGUUAAAAACCCUGAAAGGGCAGAGGUGAACCAUCAUCUCUGAGGUCACCGGAAACAUUUGAAACUGGAUUUUUUUUUAAAAUCAGGAAAUCAUUAGCAUCAGUGUAGCCAAUCAGAAACAAGGAGUUUACAGGAAGAAGGUCACAUGGGCUGAUCCAGAUUUACCCUGCUCCACAGCGAGGGGGGCAGCAGGGUAAGAAGUGAUGCUCCCAUCAUGCCUCGGGCCUGUUGUACCAGCCUGUGUGGGCAGGUCUGAGGUUGCUUCAGGUGGUCAAGUCAGAGGUCAGCUGACUGAGUUGAAGGAGGCUGGUUUCUCCUUUAGAGAUUCCUUCUUCCUAAUGGUACAGACGUACUCCAAAAAGAUCAAGCUGGGAUUUAUCAAGUCCAACUGGAGAUGACUUCACCCGAUGGUCUGACUCCAUUAUUACCAAAAAACGAGCAGAAACAGAAACAAAUUCUGUGAGCUCAUCAAAACAAAGCCAUGGCCACCAUUAAACGUCAGUGCCCCCCCCCCCUGGGUUAUGGUAGAUGGGCCCUCCUCUCUGAUCCUGGUUUCAUCCAGUUAAAAGGGAGUUUUUCCUUUCCACCAUCGGCAAGUAUAUCAUAGGUGUUCAUCUGAUUGUUGGUGUUUUUACCUCACAGUAGUUCUUUGAGGCAACCAUUGCUUUGAUUUGGCGCUGUAUAAAUUGAAUUAAGGAGCUCGUUAAGAGAAGCAGGUGUUUACAGCAGGUUUCUUCUCGGCCUUUAAGAUAAAUUAAAGCUGCUGGAUGAGUUUAUAUUGUUUGACCUCCUGCGGGAGGAUCUGAGCGUGCUCCUGGGUAACGUUUGGAGGAGAACCGUGACUGUGACUCUCACACAUGUUCACAGAUCAGGUUCAGCUGAGGGCGCUCUCCUCUCACUGAUCUGGUGUCAGAUUUUAUGGUUGGACAGCGGUGGGGGGGGGGUGAAGCUGCUCUGCUGACUCUGAGGACAAGCGUAACCACAGCAGCCGUUAGCAGUGGCUGGGCGUCGCCCGGCUGGGCAAGCUGAUAAACAGCAGAGGGGAGGGGAAGGAAGGGAGGAGGACGACGAGAUGAAAGGAGGUGGUGGGGGACGGUCAGAGGAAGGAUGGAGGAUAUCCUCCCCCAGCUCUCAUGUUGUUUAGGUAGAAGGUGUGCCCCCUCCCCUCUGACAGCCUCGCUGUGACUCUCCAGCAGUCAUCUAUCCUCAGCAGCUCCAAACACCGUCUGAGUCGUGAGUAACACCUUUAACGCUGAACGCUCUUCAUCAGGACGCUGUCACACAUCCUCACAAAGCUGCAGCCCCUUCAUAUACACUCGAGCUCGUUUAUCACUGUCAGACUUUCAGCAUCAACACAAAGAUUCAGAUAUUCACUUUACUGUGUCUUGAAGUCACCGCGGCAACCCGAACAUCACCACAAGUCUGCGUCUACUUCCUGAAACUCUUCGCAGCCAAUCAGGGAACUCACUGGAGACAGCAAACUGAGAAAUCUGCUUAAAUCAGGUUGGAGCGACUUCCGUGUCCACAGCUAUGCAGAAGGUGGAGGGACGGGUAACUCCGGUCAACCUGCCGUCCUCGAGGGGCCCGAGCACCCCGGGGUCUCCGGCGACGGGCAUCGUGGCCCGUGUCAAUGACCAGGUGGUGGGCUACAGAGACCUGGCGGCGCUGCCCAGAGAUAAAGCCAUCCUGCAGGUGGAGAGACCGGACCUGAUGACCUACCAACCCCACCUGAGCUUCUCCCCGCUCGACCCGCCACGCAGAGAGAGAUCUCUGUCUCCUCCAUCCACGUCUCCAGCCUUGUCUCCAACCAUGUCUCCUGAGGUGAAGGGGCGCAGGGCAGAAAGUGAGAGCGGUUCUCCUGGAGGAUCCACGCUGCAGCUGCAGGCUGGACGCAAGAUCAGCACGAGCCUGCAGCAUUUCCACCGACCAGAUAACGGGACCAACAUUUACAGGAAGCCUCCUAUCUACAAACAGGACGCUCACAAACACGGCGAGGGCAGCGGCGUCAUCCAGUCAGCAAAGUUUCCCGCAGCCCAGCCGCCAGAUCCCAACCAGCCUUCCAAGAUUGAGACCGAGUACUGGCCCUGCCCACCCUCACUGGCCGCCAUGGAGAUUGAGUGGCGGAAGAAGAAGAAGGAGCUGCAGGAGGAAGACGAGUUUGAGGACCUCACAGAAGAAGCGAAGACGCUACAGGAACAGGAGCUGGAGAAGAUCAAGUCCAACCUGGGCCGUCUGAUCCUGAAGGAGGAGAAAGAGAAAGCCGUCCACUUCAGGAGGAAGACGCAGUCAUUGCCCGACAGAACACACAUGCACGGCAGUUUGUCAGCAGGUGCCUCCAAGUCUCCAUCACACUCAGGAUCAGGCCUGACCCGAAUGCAGUCGGCAGAGUUUUCCACAGAUGGCGAUAAAGGACGGCCAGCUGCUCAGAACGGUGACACUCGCAGGGAGCGCAUGGACCGAGGAAACUCUCUGCCGAGCAUCCUGGAGCAGAAGAUCUACCCCUAUGAGACACUGGUUGUGACCCACAGAGGGCGCUGUAAGCUGCCUCCAGGCGUGGACCGCACUCGGCUUGAGCGGCACCUGUCCCAGGAGGAGUUUGAGCAGGUGUUCGGGAUGCCGAUGGCCGAGUUUGAGCGCCUCUCGCUGUGGAAACGAAAUGAACUGAAGAAGAAAGCCUCGCUUUUCUAACAGGAAGUGACCUCAUCCCAACAAAUACUUGAUAAAGGUUUUAAAGUAGGAGGCGUUCAAAUAAAAUAUCCAAUCAGCAGACACACACAGAGCCAAUCACUUAACUCCGACACGUCCUCCAUCUUACUAACUGUGCUCCUGGAAGCUCGCCGAGGAGCAGACCGGUCCUGGUCAACCUUUUACUGCGACUAACCUUAAUCGAUACACUGAUUACCUGUGCCGCGCAUAUAAUCACCACUGCUUACAGGUCACCACAUUAUCUUCAUCAUCUUCAUCACAUGUAAUCUCUGUAGCUCUGUCUCCUCAUGUGGAUUAUUCCCAGCUCCGGGUCUGAUCCAUGUUAGGGACCUGCUGCGGGUCCCUCAGAUUUCACGCCAUCUUCAGGUGUUAUGCUAACAUGAAGCUGCUUCACUUUCAUCCUUGUAGUUAGACAGUUAGAUGGGAUUAUUAGUGGGAUAGUAAAAAUGAAAAUGACCUCUUACAGCUUUUCCAAUCAUUUCUAGGUCUAGGAAAGUCAUUAUGGACACCUCAUAAGGAUUUGUGGAAAGAGCAGACCUCAAUCUCCAGCAUAUCCUGGGUCUGUUAGUCAAACCUCAGAUUCAGGAGGAUCAUGAUCUUUAUUUAGAGAGCUUUCUUUUUAGUGAUGCCCCGUUAUCAUGGAAGCCUGCAGCUCUUCCACAAUCCUUCACAGAUCUUCAGAGCAGCUCUGGGAGUUGCAGAGGCUUCAGGAAAUCUGAAACCCUCCGGGCUGCUUCAGGCUGGCUGUAAUUCCCCUGGAGGCCCAGCUGAGGGCGAUCUAAGCUUGCCAUCAGCCUGUUCUGUCAGCUGCAGAGAAGCAGGCUGCUCGUGGUGAUGAUUGUGGUCCUGCAGCUUCAUGGUAGCGGUCCUGGUCUAACAGCUGAUUGUAAUGAUUAACCACAUGCAGCUUUUAUUUAUUGGACGAUUGUAUUUUUUCUGCAUUUGUCUGCUACCGUGAAGCGUUUUAUUUUGGAAAUCUUGUUGAAAAUAUUUUUGGCUGUAUAGCUUUUUUCUGUUUUUAAAUAUUACUCCACGUGGAGUUCAGACCACACACACCUGCAGUUCCUGCUAGCUCACCUGGUGUCACCUGUGCCGUCUCAUCCGUCCCUCGCAGUCCUGUUUCUGUCCUCUGAUAUAACGGAGACCAAUAAACUUGCAGAGUAA